AUGGCGCGCUCAAGACGCUCUCGCUACUCGUCCAGCAGCGAGUCGAGCUCGCCACCCGACAGCAGCGCCGUUGAGUCGCCUUCUCCUCGACGAGCACGGCGGCCAAGGUCUCGCAGACGAGGAGACUCGCUCUACUCGCUCGACAAGGCAGAGAGGAGAAGGGUGGACUGGGAUCGAUGGCCGCCUCGCUAUGAGCCGUCGGAGACAUCCAGCGACGAGACGACUGGAUCCAGCGAGGCAACGGACUCGGACUCUGACGGCUCCCGCCGCCGCCUCCGACCGCCUUCGAGCGCGCAGUCCCAGCAACAACAGCAGACGAAAAGCUGCAUGGUCUUGUUCAUCGGUCUCGGCAUCGCUAUCCUGCUUGUUUCGCUCGGCGGUUAUGCUCUCUUGCGCUAUUUCAACAGUAGCGCAACUGGCGGCGCAGGCGGAGUACAAGUGAUCACGGAGACAGUCACUCUGCCCGGAGGAGGAGGGGUUGUUACGACGACGGUUAACAUCGGCAUCGGUUUCCUGCCAGACUAUAAGAAUCAGGAUAUGGCCAAGAUUAACAGCGCGCUCGGCAUCAAGAGCAGCUACUACGGGUGGUAUGCGCAGCUACCGGAGAGCGGCGACUGGGACGGCGCGCAGCUGCUUUCGCAAAUGAAUGAUAUCAAGGCUUGCAACUGCAUCUUCCAGCCCGCAGUCAUGCCGACGAAAGGCUGGCGAGGCCUGACAGCGAGCGACAACUCGCAAGCCAAAGCGAUCGCGAAGGUGAUGAAGAAAUUUACCGACGAGGGUAUCGAGGUGUGGCUCAGAUUCGCUCACGAAGUCAAGCAAGUCCAGCUCUUCGUCCACUGGUACGUCACCGACGGUACGUAUCAAGGCGGCGUCCAGGACUUCAAGCCGGCGUGGGCGGAAGUCGCCAAAGCUGUCGCGGACAAUCCGAAGGUCCGCAUGUUCUUCACGCCGAAUGUCGCUGGCUCGCUCCAAGACUACGUGAACUGGAUGCCUGACGACCUUAGCACCAUACAUUACCUCGGCAUCGGUGCGGUCCGCUUUGUGGAUAUCGUCAAGCCGCUCUACGACAAGUAUUGCGCCGAUGGCAACAUCCUGUUUGCAAUGGGCGAGACAGGAACGCCCUGGAGCGCAACAAUCGACGAGCGCCUUGCGUGGCUAGACCAACUGACUUCGGCGGCGACGGCGAAAGCGAUGCCUUAUUACGUCGGGAUUUCCUGGUUCAACUACGACAAAGAGACGAACUUCUAUCUGUACGACCCCGGCAACGCGGACACAACGGCCAAGGCGAAAGCCUGGCUCGCAAAUGGGACGUCUGCGAGCGGCGCAAAGAUGGGGAACGCAUAG